GGGAUGGAAAAGAAAGAGCCUACCUGCUAUCUGCUCACAGAGACCAGUGAUGCCGGAUUCCACCACGCUGUGUUGAGAGUGAGCUCCUUCUGCUUCUAACAGACACACAUCACACACACCACACAACUGGUCUUCUCAGCUAAAACACCACCGGGGUCAGCAUGGAGGAGGCAGACCUGUUGAAGGAGAGGCUGCAGGCCAUAACGGACAAAAGAAGAGUCCAGGAUGACAUUGCUAAGAAAAGAAGACAAAUUGAAGAGGAAAAAUUAAAACUUCAAUGUUUGAAGAAAAAGGCCCUCCGAGAGCAAUGGCUGUUGGAUGGGCUGAGCCCUCAGAGUGAGGAAGACCAGGAGGCCACCAAACUGCAGGCCCAGGAUGACCAGGAACAAACCCUAGAACUGCAGAGUGAUAUUGACAGAAUUGAGAAGGAAAUAGAGGCUUUGGAAAGACAGGAGCUGCAGAUUUCAGCCAACGAAGAAGUAACCCUUAAACGCCUGAAGGAGGUAGAGAAAACAGCAGAAGACAUCAUAAAGAAAGCUACCACUGAGGCAAGUGAGACGGUUGGAAAAGAACUGAAUGAAGGUUGCAUUAACCCUCAGAAUCACAAUCCAAACCAAUCCAGAUUCCUCUCGAAGGCAGUAACCAUGGAGACCAGUGAACAAACUGAGAUGACCGUCGUAAUUGCCUACGAAAAAGAAACCUCUGUAACUGAUUCACCUGAAAAGAAAAAUGAUUUAGAAGAAACAGAAGAGGAACAAGUCUGUUUAGAGGCAGACUCAAUGGAAUCUAUAGAAAAGAAAGCACUGCUUGACAUUAUAGCAGAUUUACCAGCUAGCAUGAUCGAUGAGCUAGAUAACUUGGGAAAUGGGCUAUGCACAGGUAACCCAUUUCAACAAGAGACUUUGUCUGGCCAUGAAGAACUCAACCGCAAUGAAUCCAUCACUUCGUCUAUCUCUGACACACCAUCCAGUGUUGACAGUGUGUAUGAGAAUGAAGCUCAUCGUAAGAGACAGGACACCCAAGAAUUAGAACCACCUGAAGAAACUGUUGCCAGCCCAGAGGACAGAGAAGAUGGAGAGGAUAAUGAUACAAAAGUCACUCAAUUUGGCCCAUUAGAAUCCCCAGUCAACGACGUCCCAGAGGAGUCUUUAUUAGAACAGUACAUAAGAGAGGAGGCUCUGUCAGAUGUCUCCAAUGAGUCAUGUCAUGAUCUGGCCCCAGAUGAGGAGGAUGAAUGUCUUCGUGUUGAGAUAGCAGAAGCCUCCUCAGAUGAUGACAGUGAAGAUGGAGCAAAUAAGUGGAGGGCAAUAUUUUCCUCCUCAAUCAACCAUGAGGAUGACGAUGACUACCUUGAUAGCCUCCAACUAAGUGCGCAGGAUCUCUUUGUCCAAAAGGUUGAGGUGAAGAACAAUGACAACCACAUUGAUAAUAACGAGGAAGAAGUGUGUGUUGACAUUCCAAAGGAAGAGGAAGUGGAGGUGUUGGAGCAACCAGAUUAUCUUACAGGUAUUGCAAAGGAAGUGACAUACAAUCCGGCAGCACUGCUCCAAAGCCUGUCCAAAAUCUCGGAAGACGAGGAGGAAAAUUGCAAAGUUUUAAGGCACAAUAUAUCUUGCUUGGCAGAUCCUAACAAGAAGCUACCUAAGGACUUCUGUGUAAUCCAGGAGACUAAGAGUGAAAAUGUCAGCACAGAGCAUGUGGACUUCCAACUGGCCCGGAAACAGUGGCGGGAGAUGGAAGAGCAGACCAAGAAUAUGGUGCUUUCACCAACCACAAAGCAGAGCGGCCCGCUAUCAGGCAGCCACAGCUUCAUGUACACCCCAGUCAGAAACAUCGAAAGGCCCAAAAUGAGAGAUACAAGCCUGGAGAAUUUGGCACUUGGUGGAGGUGAAUAUCCCCACACACAGUUCAGCCCCUGCUCAGAGGACUCAGGACUGGGGGAUUCUAGCUACAGAUCCCCUUAUGAAGAGUUCCCAGAGACCCCAAUGGAGAGGGAGGUCCGCCUGGCCAUGGAGAAAGACGACAACUUCAGGCGAGACAGGGGUUUCCCCAAUGGGAUGAAACCUACAGAAUGUCCCCAAACAAGCACCAGACCAGUUAUUUUUCUCCCAGCAAAGCUGUGUCAGGAUGUUGAUGAAAAGAGGAAGACAUAUGACAGCAUGGAGGACACAGGAUUCAAAAUACCCAGGUCCCAAACGACUCCUUCCUUCAUUAUUACAUCUUCGCCAGCAAAGGGAGCAUUGAAACAUGAUCUGCCUGCCAACAGUAUCAUCAUACUAGAACCGGAAGGAAGCCCGAGACAUGGCACCAAAGACACAGCCCGAGCUAACGAGUGGCACUCGGAUGAGAAAUCCAGCGCCAACGUCAUCAUCCUAGAGACUUCGAACCUGAUCAUCAGGAGCGCCUCAGAGUUCUGCCUGACCACCGCCAGUGAACAGCAGAGCCAGGAAUGCUCAUCAACAUUUCUCAACAACCCCUUCUUCAAGCUGCGCUCCAGGAGCCAGAUGUCGUUGGUGGACGAGGAGAUCAAGAUGGUGAAACAGCGUGAAGAGGAGCUAAAGAGAGAAAGAGCAAGCAUCUAUACAAAAGGGAGGUACAACGCCACAGGUCUGGCGGGGGAAAAGCUCAUGGACAGCUUGUCAUUUGAAGGUGAUGCACCAUGGAAGUCUAAAUCUUCGCCAUCAUCACCAAUGAAAACAGCAUACAAGAUGGACCGCUCCUCCCUCUCCUGUGAUCACAGAUAUCCCGAAGCGUACGGAGCAGGGGGAAGACGCAAGAGUGCCCUAGCACUGCGUUGGGAGGCCGGGGAGUUUGCAGAGUGAAGACGGGACUAAUAGUAUGAUACCUUCAGUUGCUGGUGAAAAUAUUGUUGGUCCACUUUCAGCUGAUUCAAGACUUAAAGGGGCAAUCUGGAGUUCAAACAAGACAGUGGUAUCAGCUAAACAGCUGAGGGAUGGGGAUGGAGAAAUCAAAGUUCAUAGACAGAGCAGGGGAUGCAAAACAAAUCGUUUUAAACAUUUUGAUGUAGUAUAGUUGAGUUAAGCUUAUGGGGCAUUUAUAGGUUGUACAGAAACAAAUUGAUAUACAUUUAGAAGUAAAAGAAAUGUAGCAAUCACAGAUUGCCCCUUUAAUGUAGUACUAAAAACUCAUGUUUGAUUCACAUUUUGACAUUAAUCCACACAUGCUGCUUCUGUAAUGUUAUCAAGUUCUCUGGUUAAAGAGCCAGGAAAUAGUGUCUGCCCGCCAAGAUGCCUGAAUGUUAAAUGAAUGUAAUGUUUAGUCCACAGAUGUUAACAUUUUUAUUUUAUGUAAGCAAAUCUGAAAAUAUAUUUGAUGUAUUGUCUUGGUAAAAGGAAAGCUUAUAUUUAUUGUAUUUUCGUACAGUGUUUUUCAGAAAUAUUGAUGUGGCAUAAAAUAUAUAUCCAAAUAUAAUUUAUUUUUAGUAUAUUUAAUCAGUAGCUAAAAAUCUGCAAUAUUAAAAGAGCAUGUGAGUUUGAAAAACGUUUUUAAUUCCCAAUUCUACAAAUUACAGAAUCAAGACCAAGCACGCACACGCACCCGCACACACACACACACACCUUUUAAAAGUGAACUUUUCUAUAGUGCAUUUCCCUACAAAAGUCUGAUGUUUACAGUUUUCAAAGAAAUAGCCGAUUCAAAAUGUAUUUAAUGAGCUACAUUUUUACUGAAUUGCCAUUUAAGUAUGUGACAAAAAGUAUUGACAUUGUCUCAUUCCAUAAAGUACUGUAUGUUUGUAUGCUUACUUGUGACAGUUUUGCUUAAAUACAAAAUCACCAGUAUAGCUAGUUAGCAUUUUAAAUUGUAUGAAAAGACCUAAAAUGCAAAAGAGAGUAAAUAACUUUGCAAGUGAUUUUCCAUUUAUUCCUUUCUGCAAGUGUUCUUUAGAUUAGUGCAAAAAAUAAAAAUAAAUACUGCAUAUGAA